GGGACAGCCCAGUUUUACACAGCCUGGCAGGAGGACAGCACUGCCCUGAGAUUAGGGGAUUGAGCAAAAAGCCGGCGUGCCGAACUGCCGUUUUUAUAUAAUGGCUUUAGCAAACAUCCUCUAGGACCCAGUGGAAAUGCUCGCUGAGGCAAACUUGGGGAUUAAUGGCCAAUCAUUGAGCGUGGUGUGGGAACAGCUCCCAGGGAGAAGCCUCUGAGAGCCCGUCUGGAACAGGGCAGCGGGAGAUCCCGCCGCUGUCGCGCAGUGCUGGUGUUUGGUUGCUCUGAUGCUUGGAGCUGGAGGCUGCUGUGCUGCGGGGGGAUCCGACCGUGCAGCGUGUCCAGCCGGGCCCAGCAGGAUGCCUCACUUUGCAAAACUGCUUCUGUUAAUCUUCUGCUUGGUGCUGCUGGUGGAAAGCAGGAAGCACAGGAGGAGGAGGUGGACGAGCCAGCUGGAGCUGCAGAAGGCUGGCCACAUCUACAAGAAGAACCACGACGUGACCAAAACUCGGAAGGGAAAGACAGAACAGCUUCUCAGGGUCGAUGACCAUGACUUCACCAUGCGGCCAGCUUUUGGAGGCCCUGCAAUUCCUGUCGGGGUGGAUGUACAGGUUGAAAGCUUGGACAGUAUUUCUGAGGUUGACAUGGAUUUCACCAUGACUCUGUACUUGAGGCACUACUGGAAGGAUGAGCGUCUCUCGUUUCCCAGCACCACCAACAACAGCAUGACCUUUGAUGGCAGGCUGGUGAAGAAGAUCUGGGUCCCAGAUGUCUUUUUUGUGCACUCCAAAAGGUCCUUCAUUCAUGACACCACCACGGACAACAUCAUGCUGAGAGUGUUCCCUGAUGGUCAUGUCCUCUACAGCAUGAGGAUCACAGUGACAGCAAUGUGCAACAUGGACUUCAGCCGCUUCCCCCUGGACUCUCAGACGUGUUCUCUGGAGCUGGAAAGCUAUGCUUACACUGAUGAAGAUCUGAUGCUGUAUUGGAAAAAUGGGAAUGAAUCUCUGAAAACGGAUGAGAAAAUUUCUUUGUCUCAAUUCUUGAUACAAAAAUUCCACACUACAUCAAGACUGGCUUUCUACAGUAGUACAGGUUGGUACAAUCGUCUCUACAUAAGCUUCACUUUACGCCGACACAUCUUCUUCUUCCUGCUCCAGACCUACUUCCCUGCCACUCUGAUGGUCAUGUUGUCCUGGGUGUCUUUCUGGAUCGAUCGCAGGGCAGUUCCUGCCAGAGUCUCUUUGGGGAUCACCACCGUGCUGACCAUGUCUACCAUCAUCACUGGGGUGAACGCCUCCAUGCCCCGUGUUUCCUACAUCAAAGCAGUGGACAUUUACCUGUGGGUCAGUUUUGUGUUCGUCUUCCUCUCGGUGCUGGAAUAUGCAGCAGUGAAUUACCUGACCACAGUGCAAGAGAGAAAGGAGAGGAAACUCCGGGAAAAGUUUCCUUGCACAUGUGGGAUGCCUCAUUCAAAAACUAUGAUGUUGGAUGGAAACUACAGUGAAUCAGAUGCCAACAGCCUGGCAGGUUACCCGAGAAGCCAGAUGGUCCCAGAAGAAGAAAAACAAGAAAAGAUGGCUGUGCACUUAGCCAUGAGCAAUGCUUCUAAUGCUUCUAAUUCAUCAAGGAAGAGAGGCCUGAAAGGCCACGUGGGCUUGCGCAUCAUCCAGAACACUCAUGCAAUCGAUAAAUACUCCAGACUAAUAUUUCCAGGCACUUACAUAUUUUUUAAUUUGAUAUAUUGGUCUGUUUUUAGCUAGGUGUGCUGGCACAGCACUGACUGAAGCAGAAGCCAGUUACAAAACUUUCUUUGUUAGCACUUCUUAAAGUCCACUUUGGGCUCAAAUGCAUAAAACUGAUAAUUUCACUAGAAAACUGAUCAUUUCACUGCUGCUUUGGAGGAUGAAGAGGAGGACACUUCCAACCACAAGCAGCUCCUUGUACAGGCAUCAUGGAGGAGCUUAUUCUGCUUGUUUCUCUCUACCCCCCACUCCAGCUCUCAUUGGCUUUGUGGUACAUGAUGUUUCUCAUACUUGAAAAUCUGUGCUCUCUGCCCAAAAGGUGCUGUAUGUGUGUUUGGGGCUUGUGACACUGGAGGCAAAAUGGACUACUACAGACACAGACUGUCCUAGGGGAUUAGACGUAUGCAACUUAGCAUCUCAUGAAAGGGUCUGCAUUAUAUUUCUUUUCAUUGGCUUAUGAACAAGACAUUCCUUUAGAGUCUAAGUUGCAUUCUUGCUGGACAGGGCCUACAUUACUACCAGAAGGAACACUGGCUGCCUAAAGUGCUGGCAGUAUGUUUGAGUGGGUCAUCUUUUUACUUUGAGAUGUGAAGUAAUGAGUGAUGACAAAGCAGAGCAAAGAAGCCCACAAGCUCACAGAAGUUGUCUCCCAGGGUGCAUGAGUAAUUAGAACUGGGAAUUUUAGGGUUUAAAUGUGCUUCCAUAUAACAUGAGUGCAACAUGUGAUAUGCAGUUCCUGCCUUCUCUAAAAUGAGUUGUGAAACUUGUGUGUGUCACGCACAUUCACCACAUGGGAAUGAGCAGCUUCUCUGGGACUCUCUAGAAAAGCAGAAAACUGUCAAGGGCAGUGCUGGUAGAGUUCAAAGAUCUUCCUCAUCCCUGUGAGGAAAGUGCAGCUCAUAGAGAAACUGUCUAUUCCAACAUUCUUCUCCAAAUCAACACACUGCCCUUUUGUUUAGAGUUUUUGGACUGAGGGGGAGAGAUGCCUGCCAGAAUGUCCUUCUGCAGAAAUAUAGGCAUGCCAGAGGCUGAAGUGGCCAAAAAUAAUACUGUGGGCUUCAAUGAAACCCUCUCUGGCCUCUGGCUCCAAGGUCACUGUAAACCCUUUGAAGCAGCUGCAGUGCACUGUAACAAGCCUUGGUACUUGGCUUUUCUUUUUUCAUCCUGUUACAUCAGCUGAAAAAGCUGAGAACAAAACCCAAAUCUUUCUACAUGAGAGCAACUAGGCAGUGUUGGCCAAGUUUGCAUACCUUUUGUUUCUGAAAAACAUCAUGGUUUUCUGGCUAUGGAGGAGAGUAUUAUGGUCAAAGUGUUUGCUGUCAAGAUGAAAUGCAGCAGAAUGGACAGAGACUGAAGCAUAAAGACCCAGGGCUGAAGCUUGACAUCGAAUCAGUGAUAAGAUUGAAUUAUACAUGUGACUGGGGCUGGGACAUGAAAAUUCAACUAAAUUAUAUUAAUGUAGGGGGAAAGAAACCAAACAAGCAAUACUAGUAAAACUGUAACUAUUUGCUGGUGUGAAUUUUAUUUGUUUAUUUUUAGUUAACACAGCAGUAAAUCUUGCAUCUGAAACCUCAAGGGUCAUUUCCCAAGUGGGCUGGGAAUUGCCACCUCCAGACUGUCACCAGAAUUUUCUCUGUGCCUCAGAUCUUGCCAUCUAAGUCACACCAGUGGUCACACUUCUUUACUGGAAACAGAAGCGAUCAGAGAAACCAAACUGAGGAACUACAUUUCCCUUUCAUAAGCCACAGUAAUAUCUGGAUUUAACAGAGUUCUGUGUGGAUGUAAAAGUAGGAAAGUACAGCCCUGAAAUCACUGGAGAGAAGGGUAGCUAUGGGAGGGCAGCAUCUGAGAGGAAGGAUCAUUUUGCAUCCCAACCUGAUGCUUCUCUCCUGAGCCACCAGAUUUGUACAUUUACCACUUAUUCUUGAAGCUGAAACCUGGAUAGUUUUUGUUUUAACAGGAAAAUAUAACAUAAAGAGACAAAAAUCACUAAAGAAAAAGCUCUCUCGACUUUUGAGAAGUUAAAGCCUGGGUGAAACAGGAUGGACCUCUUCAGUAUUACCAGCUUUGAGCACGAGACAGUGAGCAACAUGGUGCUGAGGCGAUCAAGUGGAGCUGGCAGAAACCUUUGCUGUGGGAUGAAUGCUGCAGGAGCCAGUAGGGCUGCACUGCUGGGAACUGGUGCUGCUAUCUUCCUACACAACCCAUGCACAUGGGUUCAGCCUCCUAGUGCCUCUGCUUCUCCGUCAGGAAAAAGGGGAGCAAUGACAUCUACCUACCUCAGGAGGUGAAGAGGGGUUUAACUGACUUAAGGAGUGCAUGUACAAAGUAGUAAUGAUUUUUGAACAGGACUACCUUACUGUUAUAGUAAAUGCUGGCGUAUGUGGCUGAUAGAAUGGUGUGUACUGGAGUGUACACCCAUUUCUACAGCAUGUAACAUCAUUAAGGAGGGUACAGUUCCACUAAAGAAAAACAAAAUCUCUAUCUUGAGCACCACUUACAACCACUACUCAUUAAACAAUAGAUAAAAUAUACAGAUGUGAAUA